AUGGUGCACGGUGGCAUGGAGGAUGGAGGAGAGAGAGAGAGAGAGGUGGACAACUGGAUCGAGGUGGAUGCAUUUGGCUUCCAUUGUCCGUCCAAGGCCCCAUCCGUCAUCUCUCUCGUGCUGUGCGAUGACUACACCGUGGAGAUGACCAACGAGCGUUGA